ACAAGAAUUGAGAAAUGUGAAGAGAUCAUCAGAUCUAGUCCUGAUGGGAAAAGCCAAUUGAAUAACGAUCAGCUGCAAUUAUAUGAGCGAAAGGGUGAGAUCGCUGGAGCCUUAAAAGAGUGUGAAGAUAUUUUGAAACAAGUCGAAAAUAUUGAUAAAGAGGAAAUCAAAAACCAAAGGAUUCUGAAAGAACAACAAGACGAACGCGAAAAAGCUACUGCAAAUGCUAUUACUGAUGAAGUCAAAGCUACAUAUUCUCGAUCAAUCAUAUGUCUUCUUCAAUUCUUUCGACUCGUUCACUUUCAACAAGUCGGUAUUGUUCAACUAUCACAGGCUGAAUCCGAAGCUGUUGAAACUUUUCGUGCUAAACUGACUAAUAUUGUAGAUGAAGUAAAGGAUGAUAUUAGUGAGCUGCGGAUCCAAGAAACUUUGGAUAAUAUUAACAAACUUCAGAAUGGUGAUGAAAGUACAGUAAUCGAACCGUUGACUAACGGUACUAAUGAUACAAAUUGUAAAUUGGGAUUGGGCGUGCUAUCACAUGGAAUAACUUGUAUGUUUAAUGUUCACAAUGGAACUGCGAUGCACACUCCACCAAUAUUAGACUCCGUUGAGAUACAAACAGAGCAGGAAGAGUCGUAUGAUACGCGCGAAGUAGUUAAUGUUCAAGGGGAAGGGCCAACACAUUUUGAUGAGAAUUUAGGUGAUAUGUAUACGAUUCCAGUUGGUGGGUUACAGUUUAUGUUGCCUCGUGGUGAGCCAUCAUCUCAGGAUAUAAUUGAUCAUAAUCAUACUAGUUAUUCAUAUCCAAAUACGGAUGUGGAUCAGGGUACCCAACUUAUUGAAACAACUGCCGAUAUUCAAGAACAAUAUCAACAGCAACAACAUACUUUUACCGAGCCUUAUAUGGUUGAACAGCAACAACAGCAAUAUUCUGUGGAACACCAGCAUAUCACGGAACAUCAACCGGAACAAACUGAUCAGCAGCAACAAGUUUCUAUGAAACAAAAAGAAGAACCAUCAGUACAGCAGCAAGAACCAAAUCAAGUUUCUGAUAAUUCUACUGAUGUCCAACAGCAAGUGCUUCAACCAAAUGAUGCUUCCUCUCCACCACAUUCCAAUAAUUACAAGGGAAAUCAUCGCAACAAUUACCGAAAUCGUGGUGGUUAUAGGGCACAGGGUGGUCAAGGUUCCAGGAGAGAUAAUGGCGGUUAUAGAGAUGGUGGAUAUCGUGAUGGUCGUUACCGUGGCGAGCGUGGUUAUUCAAAUUCGGGUUCUCGUGGUGGCAGAGGCGGUGGAAACGGAUAUCAAG